AAAUACGCAGAAUAAAUGAAUGGUUAAGAAUCGAAUGGGUAAAGGCCUUAUCAUGAAAACCUUAUCUAUGCAGUGUUCAGUUGUUCACUUAGUACCUAUGUUGAAGAGCAUAGAUAGAUGGAGCACAAUCAACUCAUCAUCAUAUUUUUGCUGGCCUUCAGUUUCAUGCAAAAAUGUUGCUACUGAUUUUAGUUGCAUUAGGCAAUGCAAUUCAAAAGCAGGCAAAAUUCGACAUGCUUCCUGCAUUGUUGUCAAUGCCAGGCGGAGAAUUCGCUAUGAUGAGGACGACGAAGAGGACGAUGGGGAGGAAUAUGGGAACAAUGAAGAUGUGGCAAUGCUGGAAUAUUACAGUGAGAGUGUGAAGGAAGUAGCACUUCUUGUCAAGGCAGAGGUGGAUGAGCAGGAUGUCCAAAUUCUUGUCUUUAAGGGAUUCUCGUCGAGUUUGAGCCACAGUACAAAUCCAGAUCCUUCAAGGAGUAUACUUCCAGCAAGGGCUAAGAUCAAGUCAAUAGACAGAAUCAAAGGGCCAUUCAACCCUUCCAAUAUCGAAUACAUUGACAAAGGAUUAUCUUUGGAAACCUUCAAGUCCCAGUUUCUAUCCAAGUGAAGAACCAAGUGUUUGUUGUACCUUUGAAGCACACUGCAACUUUCAUGCUCAAAUUUUGUGGCAUUAGGUUUUUUAUCUUUUGUUAAACAUCACAUUGACUGUGUCGGUGACAGUAAUUACAUUGACUAAAAUUAUUGGCAAAAAAAACCGUUAGGGCUGCACUCUGCGGAUAACACAUUUUAGAGUGAGAACAAUUGUUCUGCACAAUUAUUAAUAUUGUGAUGCACUUUUUUUAGGAGUGCAGAGUUCUCAGUGAAAGCACUCUCAGAUCUGUUAUGCACUCUCAACAAUUCGAUGUAACUAGUACCCUCUACAACAGAUGACACAACAAUUUAAUUCAAUCUCUGCCA